CAAAUAUUGGCCACAUUUGGUUGGUAUACACCAAACACGCCUUUCGCUCAAAACAUCGUACGUCCCGUAACUAACGGUCCCCUCGCACCGGGAAUAAAUGGAUUCCCAUUUCCCAUAUUCACCACUCCGUCCGAUAUCUAUAAUCAAGAUCUGGUCACUCAAUCGCAGAUGAGAUGCGGUUUAGCCGUCAAUAUGACUCGGAUGUUGAGCACCAGGAUUGUCGGCGGUGUAGACGUGUCUAUAAGCGACUAUCCCUGGCAGGUGUCCCUACAGCGAUGGUCACCCUAUUUUGGGUCCACACACUUCUGCGGCGGUUCGCUCAUACAUCCCAAAUGGGUUAUGACGGCCGCUCACUGUCUCGAAUGGUUGUCCCCUUUCUUAUUUAUCAACGACGCCCUCACGAAUAUCCGGGUGAUAGCCGGCUCUCAGACCACUACCCCAUCGGGUAAUAGUCUGGUGCUAAAGAUCAGUAAUGCUGUACUCCAUCCACAGUAUGAGUCUAAGCGAGGGCUGAGCGAUAUAGCACUCAUAUCUCUGGACAGACCCAUCAGGUUCCUGUCCAAUAGGAAUUUGGCCGUAAAUUCUGUGUGUUUGCCAACCGAUAAGAAUAUAGUAAUCAACAAAAGGCUAAUCACCACCGGAUGGGGGGCUACACAAGAGGAAGGCGACGACUCAUACAGUCUGAGGGCCGUUGAGUUACCCUUUGUGUCAAACAAACAGUGCAAACAGAUGUACGGCAGAGGCUUUUCACCGGAACUGGAGUUAUGCGCCGGGGCUGAGGGCAAGGACUCGUGUCAGGGUGAUUCUGGAGGUCCAUUGAUCCAGAAAGAUCGUACGGGAAGGGCUACUGUCGUGGGCAUAGUUUCAACAGGAAAUGGAUGUGGACGGCCUGGUUAUCCAGGUCUGUAUACUAGAGUUUCUUAUUAUAUUGAUUGGAUUAACGAGAUAAUUAGCCUAGAUAAUUAA